AUGUCCUCCUCCAAGUCAGCAAACCCCUCUUCCCAACUAACCCCAACCGGCGGCCCAACAAUAAUCCCCAACCCCCCACCCAACACCCUCCGCCAUCCGGUUCGCUUCAUAACAACCCACAACCAUACCACGGGUCAAGCCAUCCUCCACUCCUCCACUCCCGUCCCCUUCCGUCUCUACGAUAACAACAACCUCUCCAUGGGUGUAGCCUAUACCACCUCGUCCUUCCCCCCCAACCUAAACUCCGACGCUGACAUAACCGCCCACACGUCCCUCAUGUCCUCCGGUACCUUAGGCCUCGUCAAUCCAGGCGGCACAGUCCUCCGCUGUGUGGACUUCGCGCCCGGCUACGCAUGCGGCAUGCACCGGACUCAAAGUCUAGACUUUUGGGAUUGUGAUAGAAGGGGAGGUAGAGAUGGUGUUGGAUAG